ACUUUAUUUAUUGACAUGACCCUCGGGCAUAGGGUUUCGACGAAAAAAAAAGUGUCUCGAAAACGUUCUAAACAUAUAUGGAUUGACUCAGUUUUUAAUGGAGAUUCCAAAUAUGCAAAAAAAUCAAAAGGCUUCCAUGUGAGUUUUGAGAAAUCCAAGUUAGUUUUCCAAAGAUCCUAUGAGAAACCGACUUCGAGAUUGCUCCUCAGAAAAGACUUUGCUAGUGAAAAGAUGCUUCUUCGCCUUGGCUAUCGAACGGCGAAAACCGCAGGUCUCUAUCUUGUUCCUAGCAAAAGUUAUUCAAAAAAUAGUCACACGCACGGACUUUUUGAACGAGCUAUAGUAUCUGGGCGAUACUUAUUGGUGUAAAUUGCUAUUUUAAUUUUCUAUAAAUAAACUACCAAGACGAGUGCACAGGUUGAAAAAAGAAUAACUCUUCAAAAGAUGCUGCGAUACAGAGUCAUUUUAAUUAAUCGAAAGAACAGCGUAUAAUCCUAUUUGUAUUGUAAAAUUAAUUAGUACGAAUCGAUCGGUUCUAUUUUGACUCGAAAGAAUGAUCCGAAAUGACUUGUUUGUACAUGAAAUAGACACAACCACUACCACAACGACGACCACUACCACAUCAACCACCACGACGACCGUCACCACAGCAACUACAACGACGACCGUCACCACAACAACUACUACGACGAGCGUCACCACAACAACUACUACGACGACCGUCACCACAACAACUACUACGACGACCGUCACCACAUCAACCACCACGACGACCAUCACCACAACAACUACUACGACGACCGACACCACAACAACUACUACGACGACCGACACUACAACAACUAUCACAACAACUACCACGACGACCGUCACUUCGACAACUAGUACCACAGCUAGUACCACAACGCCAACGACAACAACCACAACUACCUCUACGUCAUCAACUACAACGACGACAACCACAACAACAACUCUUCCGACCUGCUCUACGUCUUGUGUUAAUGUGA